AUGGCGAAAAGCGAAAAGCGGAGCAUCGAGCGGGAGGUCAUUGAUGAGAAGAUGGGACGCGAGGGCCGCAGACGGGUCAGUGGGGCCAAGUUGCACCGCCCAGAAAAUAUCCUCCCCGGCCACAGGGGCCGCCUUGGUAGAGGGAAUGAACAGGACUGUCUCCUCAAGAUGGUUGCGAUCCCGCUCCGUGCGGACGUCGGAGCGCUUGACAUGACGAGUCGGUCUUGCUCCUUGCGUUCUGCUCCACCCGACUGCCCUGUUGUCGAACGACUGUUGCGACAGUAUCAUAAGCGCAACAUAUGCAGUCGGGUGACAUUGAGCAACAUAUUCCGGGAUAAGCAUGGCAUUCUAAUAAGUCCAACCAACAUAGACCGACAUCGGAAGAAGCUGAACCUACGUGGCAGUAAGGUCACGACCCGGAGCCUGUCCGAUGUGCAAAAGCGCCAGCUUGUGCUAGAUCAAAUGGUGAAGGACCCGACACGUCGUCAAGGCCCACAAAUAAUCAAAGAAGGAAUCUUAUUCGAUACCGGCUUGAAUCUUACACGUGACUACAUUACGAGCGAGAUGCAUAUCCAUGAUCCCGAAGGCUUCGCACUACGGCGGCCAACUGCACGUAAGGUCCAUCGGGAAGCAUUAGUUGCCCUUGGACCUCAUCAUGAGUGGAGCGGUGACGGCCAUGACAAGCUCAGUGCGAUCGGAUUUCCGAUAUGGGGUGUACGGGAUAAAUGGUCAGGCAAGUGGCUCGGGCUUUGGGUUGUUCUGAACAAUCGUCGCAAGGACACGAUUGCAUUUCUUUAUCUUCGUUUGAUACGGGAACUCUCUGGUAUGCCUAUACAGAUGACCACAGACUGCGGCAGCAAGACAACUUCGCUACAUGGAUUUGCAAAUGCUUUACGUGAGCUUGUUCAAUGGCUCUGGCCAAUGCUUAUUCAAUGUGAGCUGGAUAUGUUGAAGGAAUGCCUCAAUUCACAUAUUGUGCGUUGUGACCUGAAAAAGAAAUUGCCAUCGGGUACCUCUCUGGAUAUUGCAUAUGACCUUUUUGCAUGCUACGGUGGUGAUCAAUGUCUACAGCCUGUAGACUGUACGGUUGUGGAUGCCUUGAUGAAAGACCUUGGCGGAGAGGAUCUUAUAUGGUUCUGCAUCUCUGUAAUCGACUUAUUACACCCUAUCGGGAAACUAGACUUGACCCUUUUUGCGGGUGCGGACAAAUUAAUUGAGUUCAUCAAGUCCAGCACGCUCAAGCACGAAAAAGAAGCAUCCACGCACCGUCUCAAUCAAGGCACACAGGAGAUGCAAGGCCCGUCACAGAAAGCUUCAUUUCAAACUACAGCAGGUAUAAAUGCUCGCAUCAACACUUUGCGACUACAGGCGAAAUCAGAGACAAUGACUGUAGACAUCACGCUCUAUGCUUACCCACCAGUCACUGGUGCGGCAGCAAAAAAGGUACAAGUGCCUUCGCUCCGACGGCAGUUCAAGGCCAGUGACAUUGCCAACAAUGUGCUUGACGAGGUUGUCCUCCGGAUCGUCUGUCGAGAUCCAGUUGAUGUAUGGAUUUUCAGUACACUCCUCUCCUAA